CCUUGCAUCUAUAUUUUAGUCCUAGACUUCGUUCGGUUGAUCGAUGAAGGAGACAAGCUGACCCACCGUGAGGUCAGUACAAUCGAUGAGGCCCCCACAACCGCUGGGAAAUCACCGCUGGGGCCGCGCUCUGGGUUCCAACCGGAAGGUUUCGGGAUUUGGAGUUUCUGGAUCCUUGCAGUCGUCUUUCACUCCCCGAGUUGCACAUGGAAUCGGACUCCGAAGCGGAGGUCAGAACGUCCACCUGCCGCCUCCCGCCAGGAUCUGAGCGGCUCAACAAGCCCCCGUGGACCCCGCGCCCUCCCUGCCUCGCCCACCGCCCAGCCCCUUCCCAAGCCGCCUCCGGGAGGUCCUAGACUCGCGCGGAGGAUUUCGGCGAACGCAUGCGUUCCCAGCGGCGGCCCGGACUCGCGUUUUUUCUACCUUCUUUUGCCUACUUGGCCGACUUUGGCUUCACGAGAGGCGCCGAGGCGCCUGCGCCGUGCUUGGCUCGGCUCCCGUCUCUCGCAGGAGGCCCGGCACUGUGGUUUCCGCUCGCCACAUCCCUGCCUGGCGCGGGCACAGCAGCUUGGCGAGCUUUCCGCUUGCGCUCCGCGCCAGCCGCUCUGGGCCUCAGUUUCCCCGCUGCUUUCGGGUUGGAGAAGUGACGGCCACACGGCUGGAGGAGGAGGAGAAGGAACAGGGGAUGGAUUGGUUGGUGGUGGGAGCACAGUUGCUGUGUAUGAAGGGAGGGGUGCAGAGGAACCCUGCUUCCUUUUGCGUGCGCUCCCUUUCACCGCGGACUUUUACCCACUUGCAUGCACAGAAGAGGAGAGGAAAUGCUGGUGCUCUCUCGCUUGCCACCCUAGGAAUGGAGCCCGCCAACGCCAGGACCCCAGUCUUCUGAAAGGGCCACCCACAGCCUGUGUGUCUGUGUGGGUGUGCCGGGCUGUAGGCGAGGACAAGCCUGUCUUUUAGCCAGCAGGUGCACGCUCGGGGUGGGGGGGGUGCGCGGAGCAGGUUCCUGUGUGCCUGCCUGCUCCGCUGGGACUGCUGCUGCUCCUGGCUUUGGGACAUUUGCAGACCCAGCGCUGGUUCACGGGGUUGUGUUGACACACCUCCCACUGAGAUUUGAGAAGUGCCCUGUCAGAGCCUUAGAAUUUCCCAUGAGUCCAUUAGCCCUUCCGAGCCUCGGUUACCUCCUCUGAAAACCAGGAAAACAGGUCCUGCCACAGAGGACAUGACACCGGGUAAAUGUCAUCCGGUGUGUACAAUGCUCAGCCACAGCUUGGCACCUAGUACGUUCUCAUUAAACAUGA